GGACGACGAGUUUUCCGCUGCAGAAGGCGACAUCAGCGAUACAGAGUCAAUAUGGCUUCGGCGUCACGAUACUGUCCCUCGUGCCUCUCCUCCCUUUCACGCGCCGCAAGAUCCCAAACGCGCUCCACGACAACGACGAUACUCCCGACCUUUCUCCUCCCACUGCAACAGCAAACACAGGUCCGCACGGCAGUCAAGUCCGCCAACGCCGCCAAAUACAAACGAAAAGAUGUAGCGGCCUCCCAGAAACGGAAAAAAGCUAAAACCAUGUACGAUACGCCGGACCUGAAGAAUGCCAUCCAAUUCUCCCUCGUAGACGCCAUGCGAUACCUCCGCGCAGCAGAAGUUGGCCGCGCCCCCUCGAGCAGUAAAUACGAACUCCACGUCCGUCUCAAAACUGCCAGAAACGGCGCCGUAGUCCGCAAUCGUCUCCGACUCCCCCACCCCGUCAGAACCGAUCUACGAAUCUGUGUCAUCGCACCUGAAGGCAGUGCGGCUGCCAAAGCCGCCACACUCGCAGGCGCGGACGUCGUGGGAGAAGCGAGCGUCUUCGAAGCCGUCAAGGCGGGGAACAUCAAUUUUGAUCGGUGUAUCGCACACAUCGACUCCUUACCCGCAUUAGGAAAAUCCGGUGUGGCGAGGAUACUGGGACCGAGAGGUUUGAUGCCCUCGGCGAAGUUGGGGACUGUGGUCAAAGAUGUGGCUGCCACGGUGAUGGAUAUGGUUGGGGGGACUGAAUAUCGGGAGCGCGAGGGUGUGGUCAGAUUGGCCAUUGGACAGAUGAGCCUUUCGCCAGAAGCUAUGCAGAGGAAUAUCAAGACGUUUGUGGAACAGGUCAAGAAGGACAUGGCAAGAGUUGCGGACAAGACUCCCAAGGAUAUACAUGAGGUGGUGCUGUCGAGUACAAAUGGACCUGGGCUGAGUCUGAGUGGGCAGUUUAGAGGGGAGAACAGUAUCGAGUCGAGUCAAUUGAGCGUAAACUAAGGGGACUUUUGUGGCUGUUCCGAGGGCGCUGUAGAAGACUGUACUAUUGUCAUUACGACUGCUACUAUGCCAUAGUAUCAACACCGCAGUUGUACAUUGAGAU